AUGGCGCAGUCUACCGAAACGAACCCUACCAGCGCACAAGUCAUCGGCGCUCUCGAGGCCGCUCGCAGCGAAGAUGGACACAAGAUUGGACUUGCGACCCUCUGCUUAAUGCUGAAGGACAAGAACAGCUGGGCAAAGCAUGAUCUUGAGAAAUCAAUCCACGAUGCCAGCCCUCAAACGCCCAUGCCAGCGAGACUGUCGCCGGCAUUCACAACCAAGUUGAGAACCAGACUGGGCAGUCAAAGCUCGGUUUCAUCUUUGAAGUACAGAAUGGCUGGGCCCUGUCUGAAGCCGAUCUCAAGAAGCUGGUCCCACAGGUCAAGCAAUAGAGGCAUAGCCUGA